CAUAUUUAUUUUACUUCGAUAUAAAAAAUCUCGAUAGUGUUUUAAAAAUAUGUGUUGAAAAUUGUCCCUUUGGAAAAUUGUACAAUAUCCAGGAUAUAGCAUUCUAUCAAGAAGAAUAUCAUACUCAUCUAUGCAGAUACGAUUUGAAUGUAAUGAAAGAAGGAAUGACACUUAAAGAUGAACAUGACAAGGUUAUAAUGCGUAGAAUGGGUCCUUGUCCAUCUUUAACCGCUAGGAAUAUUCAUUUCAAAAAUAGAUGUGUACCUGAUAAACAGCGUCUUGAAAUUCUUCAGCAAUCUUAUGAUCUUCUUAAUGAGGGUGGCUUAGCCCAAAUAUUCUUCAUAGCAGUUUAUCAAUCUUGGAAUUAUGUUGCGACUUUAUGUGGAUUUGCUUUUGGAAUUUCAUUGAUAAUACUGAUUCUGAUGUUUUUGCUACCGAAAUUUCUACCAUGGUUGAUAUGCUUGGCAACGAUUAUUACAAAUGCAAUUCUGUGUAUUGAAUUAUGGUCAAAUUACAAUAAGUUUCCAUUUAAUAAGAAAAUUGGAUUGCACACAGAAGAAGAUGAAGAUGAUAUUAAGCCAAAAAUUCUGUUCAGAAACGAAGGUGGAUCAAUAUUUUACGAAAUGUUCGAUCGAAUUUUGUGGGACUUUUUGGACGAAGUCCAAUUUAACAAUGAUAUCAUUUUAUAUUUAACAUUUUUCACUUUGUGUGUCAAUACAAUAUUAAUAGCUGUUAUAUUCGUAUGGAUGUUUCAUUUGAAUCGACUAAAAUUGUUGUUUGACGAAGUAGCGGCUUGUUUGAAAAACUUACCGGGUCUUAUUAUAGCUCCAACUAUUGCUCUACUCUGCAUGAGUCUACUGAUUUAUCUUUCGGGCUAUACUUUGUUGUGUAUAGUGACAUCCAAGACUCCUGUCACUUCACCAUUGAUAGAUGAAAACUAUAAAACGAAUAAAGAAGACUCAUUCAUCGAUUUAUACAAAGAUCUAAGACUUUUUGAGCAAAUUGAGUACGUUGACAUGAAGACAAUUCGGCAGACAUUUUGGAUUUUUACCAUCGGAAUGUUAUGGACUACUGAAUUUAUAUUUGCGUUUGAAGAAUUUUGCAUUGGUGCUGCUAUUGGAUUUUGGUAUUUUACACCUUCUAUUAACAAUCCAUCCUUACACGCUAUUGGAGUUUUGUUCAAAUAUCAUUUGGGGACUAUUGCGAAAGGAUCAGCAGUUUUUGCAUUGGUUAAUGUUCCAAAAUUUAUUUGGACCUCCAUAUUCAAAAAAUUCAAGCAAAAUCCCAACUUGUUGUGGCUACAACGUUUGCAAUAUUUUGACGAACGUAUUAGAAUUUGGAAUCAUAAUGCUUAUGUUCCAGCUGCAAUGGAAACGACUAGCUUGAGAUCAGCUGGUGAAGUUGCUUCGAAAAUAUUUGCUAAGAACGCUAAGGAAUUGAAGGACAUCAGUGAAGUUUUUGCUUUUAUUUUGUUCCUGAGUAAAUACUUUGUUGCAAUUUUGACUUGUUUGGUUGGUAUCAAACUUCUAAAGGAAAGAAAGGAUUAUUUGUUCAAUCAGGAUAGACAUGAAUACUUUUUCUACACGGCACCAGUGCUAUUUAGUACAUUGUGUGCUUUUUGUAUUGGUCAUAUUGUUUUUUCUGUAGUUGAGAUGACAGUUGAUGCACUUUUAUUGUGCGCUUCUGAGGAUCAGCAGAUACAUGGAAGAUUGAAACGAUUUAUUAAAAAAUCGAAUCUAAUAGAACUCUUUCCCAAGAUUGGUGAAAAUUCUGUGGAAAAAACCAAUGCCUAAACAAAAUAGUCAAAUAGAAUUCAUGAUG